AUGAAUGAGUCACUCUUAAACCAUCUAUUUCUUCCGCAUUACUUACCGUCUUCGGCGGAUAAUGAUUUUUUAAUUCAGCAAAAUCAUCAACAUGAACAUAAACUAUUGGAUUCUAUGAAUGAAUACUUGAAUUCAGUCAAAUGGCCUGAUGCACCGGCUAUUUUAUCAGUGAUUCGAAUUCUUAUAGAUUGCGGUGAACGUUGGUCUCACUUACAGAAUUUCCAAAACUUCAAUGUAUUGAAUAUACAAUCCACUAUUGCACAACUAGAACCAGGCAGCUUUCUUCCCCUUUAUUUUCACGCUCAAAAUGCGGCAAUUUUAAUUGAAAUCGAUGAAAAUAAUAUUAAUCAAGCACUGAUUUCAGCUUGGCAAGUUUUAUUACCAUGUGAAGAAAUUACUUCUUCUCUUAUGCCUAAUCUGUCUUAUUUUCCAGUCACAAAAUACAGAUUGUACGAUCGAUCGCAAUUGAAUACCAAAGUUCAUUGCGAAUUGUUGAUGGAUUUUAUGUUUAAUACCAUCGAAUAUUCCAAAUCUUACAAGUCCUCUUGCAAAUUUGAUGAAAUACGUGAAGUACCAGAAUCUCACUAUGUAUGCCAAUGGUGGAUUCAACAUUUCAACGGUAUAGAUAUCGAGACCGAAUCCAAUCAAUCCACUCAAUUUACGAAAAAACAUCGUGAUCAAGUUCGAUGGAAUCAAGCAUUGUUACCUUUCCGACGUUCAGGCUUAUGGAUGAUCAUCAAGACUGUAUUUCAUACAAUUCUAGUCAAACAUUUGGGACAGUUUGGUACCAUCGUUUAUAAAUUGUUAAUCACCCAAUUUCUUACUCAUAUCAUUUGCACAAGGCAUUUUAGUAUAUCCACUGAUUUCUUAGUUCAUUGCAUUCGAAAAAUUGUACGUCGGUUGAAUAAGAUUGAUGACUUGCUAUUGCCCAUGGAUUCAAAUGAUAUGAACCAAUGGAUCCAGCAUACGAAACAGGAAAUACAAAUGAAUAUCGAUAAAAUUCUUUCAAAACUCAAUUGGCAAAAAUCCAACAAGAAGAGUGAAAAAAAGAGCCAGAUAUCGAGCUGGAAUAAUAUAAAACUUAAUGAUUUUGAGAUCUGUCAACAUCCGUGUGUACAAUUCAAGGCGUAUCUGAAUCAUGUCAAUUCAAAUCAAGUAUCGGGGUCAUUUUCAGAUGUUAAGAAUCAUGACGUUUUCACGAAUGUUAAUCAAGAAGAUUAUAUACCUUCAUAUGAUAUUUUAGUAAACGAAAUGAAAUAUACAUUUGUAACAGCAUUGACUCAUAUAGAUAUUUGGGUUCUAUCACGUUUAGAGCAAUGGAUAAACCGCCCAUCACUGCUUGUAAGCGGAAAGAAUCGUUUCGAAUUAUUACUACGCUUCUUCGAAGAAUAUCAGAGUGAAGCGUUACGUUAUUAUUGGCCAGACAAUGGUCCUACCGAUCCGAUGAAUUACAGCCGAUUUAUUCUAACAUCAUUGACUAUUAUUCGUUGCAUGCAUAAAAAAUUAUGCCAAGAUAAAAGAUUUGAGCGACUGAAACUACAUUCUAUACAUAUUCCCAAUCUUUUGCAUUUGUUCGAAUAUUUGAUCUUACCUAAUCGAGAAGAUAUGAUUAUGGCGCGUGAUCUAUACUUGUUUUUUACUGAAUUCAAUAACAAGCCAUAUCCUGAUCUUUUGGACAAUAUAGAAUCUGAGGAGGCAUUUGGCGUAUAUUUUGCUGAUCACUCGUCGGAAAUGAAUAACAACAUACAACGCAUUCAAAUUCAAGCCGAACAGGAUAAGCAAAAUAAAAUAAUAGAAGUCAACAAUGCGAAGCAAAGGUAUAUGCAGCUAAUGACUAUAGUAGAUAAUUCCUUUUGUGAAUCUACUACCAAUCAUCAUAAUAAAAAAUGCAAACGAUGUAAAACUCAGAAACAAGCAAAAAAAAUUCAAGUGAAAAUUUACGAAUGCCCCAUGCCAUUAGCACGUGAGAGUGCAUUAGCCGUUAUAUUCGAAUUACAAAUGCCUAUUGAAAUAAGAUGUUAUCGAGAUAUCAUUUGGCAAUUUAUAAAUCGUUCUAAACCACAACCAGAGAAUCGUAUGCAUGAAUGGUUAACGGUUUCCCCUCAUGGCAACAAGUUAAAGUCAUUCUAUACCGGUCCCAAUGAUUGCAAAGUUAGAUUAGUAUCUUCAACUAAAUCUAUAACGCAAACUCACUAUUCUACUCCACCAUCAAUUGUAUCCACGCCUGCCCAAGACUUUCUAUUCGAAAAUAGUUUGCAGGUUCAAAUUUCACCAAUUAAAUCGAUCACGUUCGAGGAUGAAUGUCGUGUAUUGACACCUCAGCUUGAUCAUCCUGAUUAUAAACAGUUGCAAUUUACUGUAGGCACUACAAAAUUCGUCCAAAAUCAUGUCAUAGCUCAACUACCUAGUUAUUCAUCACGCUUGAAACCCUCACAGCUGAUAGAAUUCGGCUCAUUUCGUUCGGGUCAUCAUUUACAAUGGUGGAAUCUUCUGACAAUUCUUGAGAUGGAUUCAUUAUCGUUUGCUGAAGAGAGUGUAGCAAUAUUAAUUAUACAUUCAAUAUUACAAUCUGGCCCUUGGAUAUCAAAUUUAAGAACAUCGCCUAAUUCUUGGUGUCCAGAAUCACAUCGACAGUUGUUAGAAGAUCAUUUUGUCGAUGAACUACUGUCAAGAUUUGAUCGUCAUUUAAAUGAUUGUGCAUUAAAUUGGCAGAAUGAAUUGGUAUUAGUCGUCAUUACAAUGAUUACCAUGAGAGUGUUAACCAUUUGUAAUUCAACAAGAGAAGAUAAAGUUGUUAAUUUAGCGAUGAAAUGUCGUAAAACUGGUGAGAAAUGGAUCGAUCUAAUUUCAAUUUGCAUUCAAAAUGUAUCUCCAUCGGCCUUUGAUGAAAUAGAAAACCUUCGUCUUAAAAUGGUGAAUGUUGGCAUUUCCUGUAUCUUAACAUUUUCAACAUAUCCAGAUCGAAUCCGAUUUUUAUUGUCGUCGAAUGAACAUGUCGUGUCUUUACUAAAAGCAGCAACUACAGUGCACGAUAAUAUUAUAUUAAGCAAGAAUCAAUCUCAUAUGAGUAUUUUUAUGAGAAAUAUUAUGCGAUUCGGCGAACGUACAUUAGUCAUGAUACAGCCGACAGUUGCCGCAUUCCUACAAAAAACGAUGUAUCAAAGUUUGAAUAGAUUUACAACUAUCUACUGGGCAAUCGCCAAAAGAAAAGGUAGCAUGAACGGACAAUGGAAAAAAAGAACCAAUGCUCAAUAUGAUGGUUGGUACGAUUGUCAAUAUCAAUCAAGAUGCAUUUCAAUAAAUUGUAUUCGAGGAACGUUUUUAAUCGAUGGUAUGACUAUAGGGUUUUUACCUGAGCAGAUCAUUUUCAAUGAAUUGUUUGUUCGUGUAUUUGGCGAUCACAUCUUUGAAGUUCAAGCAGCCGAUUCACCUCAUACAUAUGUUACUAAACAUUCGUAUCAUGGUACUGGAAUCGUCCAAUAUGAAUUUUAUUUCAAUGAUCGAACUAAUCACUUGGUUAUUAAAGAACGAUACACACAGUCGAAUGAUAUGUUUCAAUUAAUUCCUCAUAGUUGUUUUGAAACUGAACUACCAGAUAUGCUUGUCUCUAAUCACAGCCAUUGGUGGAAUGCUAAAGGUCAGGCAAUCGAGUUUCGACCAGUUCAUUUUAAAGAUAUCGAUUUUUUGAAUAAUAAAUCCUACAUGUUAUCACUAUUGACAGGAUAUAUUACUACUAGUGGCAUAGGAAAUACACAAAUGUUGGUUAAUCAAUCAUCAACAUUCUUUCAAAGUUUAUUCAAUCAAUACUUUAUUCGUCUCGAUGAUAAACCGUACAUAUACAUGAUGCGAGAACAUCUUUCUCAUACUGACCUCAUGAUUCAUAUUUAUUUAUCUCGUUUAGGAAUUUCUUUUCAAUACAACACUAGAACGAGCAUAAUUACAUCUCAUGAAUAUCCAGAUAUGCGUAUUGACGAACAGCAAUGGUUGGGAACAUUAACAGGUUUAACAUCUGGUCUUCUCUUAUCACCAUUGCUCGUCAAGAGCCAAACAGUAGAAUAUUAUCCGUAUAGAAAACUGAUCGUACCUUUUGGAGAAAUACAUAGAGAAAUAGCAUACAACAAUGCCGAUCAAAUUGUCACCAUACAGAGAUCAUCAUCAGUAUCUUUUCUACACCAAUAUUUUGUUUUCAUAUUAAAUGAUCGAUUAAGAAUCCUUCAAUCGACCUACAGUCCCAUUGGUUGGCUGUAUUUAGCAUUGCUACAUGCAAUGACAUCUCAUCCCUUACCUGACGAGUAUACUGAAAUGACUGGAAUGGAACGUGCCUUUCAAUUGUUAAAUUCUGCUGGUUGUUGGUCCGAUCAACCUUUCGAUUCUCUCUCUCUAAAUAUAUUAGGCCAAAUCGCUGCCAUAUCGCCGAAAGUAGAUUACUAUCCAGUACAUCUGACUUGUAUGGAAAAAAUCGAUUGGAAUACUAAUGGUUUAUAUUAUUCUAUGCAACAUUUUGGUUAUUAUUUAAUAGCAAAGAAACUUAUUCAGAAUAGUCAACAGUUGAACUUCAUAUAUUCAUCGUCCGCUUCUACUGAUAUGCCGAAAUUAUUUGAAGGAAAAGUUUAUAAUGAGUCUUUGUUGAAAAAACUCUAUUGGGAUUAUCGAGAUUCAUAUAAUCCUCUAGCUAGAUUAUCCAUAAAGAUGGAACAAAAUAUCCUGUGCACAUUGCAUACAAAGUCAUAUCAGACUGCACCGAAAUAUUGUCCAGAUGAAAUCAAUCACACUGCUGUUUGUCCUGUCGAUGAUAUGUAUAAAAAAGGCAAUAUAAAGCUUACGGACUGUUCACAGCAGCAUUGGUUACCUUUGUCUCAAUGGCUUAAUGAUGAAAAUCAAUUGAAAAAUAUUUGGAUUGGAUUAUUGAAAAGGAUUCACUGUCUAAAGAUAUCACAGUUUCAGCACACCAAAGACGAAAUCGAACGCUUUGAAAAAUUAAUAGACUUUUUUCGUUACAUCUCCAGAAAACUGAAGACAAAAACUUAUUACUUGCAAUUACUUAAAACAGCACUGAAAAUUCCUAAUCCGUUAAUGAAAAUUGCCAAAUUUCCACCAUUUAUUGAAUAUUUCAACAUGGAAGAAAUUUCGCCUGUCAAAGGACGUAUUAAUUUAUCAAGUUAUUAUACUUCGGAGAUACAAAACCGAAUUCUAGCAGAAGUCGAAAAUUCUUGGCAGAAUCAUCGCAACUAUGACAACAGCAAUGCAUUGGUUACUUUUAGUGAAAUCGCUCACAUUAAUCAAUUAUUAAUGUCUUGGCAAAAUAACAGAAAACUUCGAUUAUUUUUAGAAUAUUUUGAAAAUCGCAUCUCUAUUGUUCCCAUAGAGAAGUUCCAUACCAAAGUAUUAUAUUAUCCUCAAAAUUUUGCAGCUGAACUAAUUGAAGACCACCAUCAGAUAUGUGUCAAAUCGGGAAAUCGACUAAUUGCUCAAGAAUUGUUACGAAGUGCUGCUGAAAAAUUUCACCGUCCUUAUUCAGGUCAUUUCGAUAAGGCCGCAGUAACAUUUCAAACUACUAACCGACAGACUAUAUUUCCCGAUCAGAUUUUCCCUUCCGUUAACAAUGAAGAGAAUCCUCUCAAAGAAAUCGGCAAUUAUUUUAAAAAUCAGCUAGAAGAAAGUUGGAAAAAACUGAUAUCGGACAAUCAAUGUCGACGUGUCGAUGUUUCAAUUGAGGAAAUUACCGAAUCGCUCAAUUUUUUGCGCAACGAAUCCACAAAAAGCUGGAAUGCAUUGGUAGAAUCUAUCACAGAAUUCAAUAAACAAUUAUUCGAUAUAGGUCUGACCGUACGAAUUACGCCAACAACUCUCAUCACAAUUUUCCAACAAAACGUAACUAAAUCUAAUUUGACUGCCGCUCAGUUCACAUUACUUGGUGGUAUUCUAGUCUGUUGGACAUUAGAGCAGCAACUAGAAAGAGCUUUGCAUUAUGCCAUGCAUGACCAAUUGGAAGAGUUUACAAAAGAAAUAUCUCAUAUACCACAUUCAAACUGGAUACCUUCCGAACAUAUUUCUUGGCUGAUUCUAGAAUUGGAAAUGAACAUUACCAUCCGAGACAUUCAAAUAGAUGUAGCACGUCAUAUGAUGCAGUCAGUUGUGACAGCGGACAACGCUAAGGUAGAAAAUCUAGUCAUGCAAAUGAAUAUGGGAGAAGGCAAGACGUCAAUCAUUUUACCAAUGUUAGCUGUUAGUUUAUCUUCAUCAGAUUCCCGUUUAGUUCGUAUAGUGGUACUUAAAUCUUUAUUUCCGACAAAUUAUCAAUCAUUACGAUAUAAAUUAGGCGGUUUACUGAAUAGACGCAUAUUUCCUUUUUCAUGUCGUCGUGAUAUGAAUUUUAAUAAUGAACAAAUAAAUCAAAUUUUUACUCGUCUCCAACAUGGGUUACGUAAUUGUGAUGUUACCUUAACUUCGCCAGAAGAUAUUCUAUCAUUUGAUUUGCUUACCAUAGACAAAUGCCGACGCAAUGAAUUCAACAUUGGUCGUUCUAUGUUGACGGUUCAACGAUGGUUAAAGACAUUUGCUCGUGAUGUAUUAGAUGAAUCUGAUGAAAUUCUACAUGUUAAAUAUCAAUUAGUUUAUACUGUGGGUGGUCAACAACACGUUGAUGGAGGCGCAGACCGAUGGAAUACCAUUCAAUUAGUACUUCACUUAGUCAAAAAACAUGCUCAAGAUAUCUCAAAUCGUUUCAGUGAAGACGUUUUCUAUAAACCAUUAGAACGAAAAAGCUCUUUUCCACAAUUUCGUUUGCAAUCACAUCAACCAUUUUCGCUGUUGUCUCAAAUGAUAGUCGAUGAUUGGCUUAAUCAAAGAUCUUAUCGAUAUGAAGAUGAAAAACUCAUUCGACCGUUCAUUUUAGAAACGAAUUCAUCCGUUGAACAUCUGGUUACUAGAUUUUCACAAUAUGAUAUUGAACGUUUUUUAAUGUUUCGCGGGUUGCUAUCAUCAGAAGUUCUGUUAGUUGCUUUGAAAAAAAGAUAUCGAGUGAAUUAUGGUGUUACGCCGAAUCCUUCCUUUAAUCGCUUAAUGGCUGUACCCUUCCGUGCAAAGGAUGUUGCUGCCGAUAGAACGGAAUUUGGUCAUCCUGAUGUUGCUUUAGUAUUAACACAACUCUCAUAUUAUUAUUCUGGCUUGAAUGAUUCACAAUUGAUUCAAUGUUUCGAUCGUCUGAGUGCAAAAGAAACUGACCCUGCAUCCAUUUAUGAACAAUGGAUUUUAGCCGAAGAGCAAGAUCAAGUACCGGCAAGCAUCAAACAAUGGAAAGGCGUUAAUUUAAAAGAUUAUCAGCAACGAACUCAUGAUCUGUUUCCGACUCUACGAUACAAUAUGUUAGUCGUCAAUUAUUUUCUAAAUUAUUUUGUAUUUCCUCGAGAAGCGAAACAAUUUCCGCAUAAAAUAGUGUCAUCAGCUUGGGACUUGUCGUCAUCGAAUCGGUCAAACAUAAUAACUGGAUUUAGUGGUACAAAUGACACACAACUAUUACUUCCGAUUGAUAUCCGCCAGUGCGAUUUGCCUCAACUUCAGAAAACGGAUGCCAUCGUUGUUAACAACUUACUACAACCUGAAAAUGAAAGCUACCAAUAUUUACCAAUCAAUGCCACUUCCGAACACAUUUUAAAUAAAAUAGUAAACUACAAAGAAAGUAUUAACGUUAUCUUAGAUAUCGGUGCACUAUUCAUCGAUGGAACUAAUCGAGAUAUAGCUAUUAAAUGGUUAAAUCAAUCUAAUAAAAACAAGAUUGAUUAUGCCAUUUAUUUUGAUUCCGAUUCCAUUGUUGUUUGUGAUCGCCAACUUCAUCAUUAUCGAUUUGAAACAUCACCGGCAAGUGAACGACUAGAUCGUUGUGUAUUUUAUUUGGAUGAAAUUCAUACACGGGGAACUGAUUUUAGAUUUCCAAGUGGAUUUCAAGCUGCAGUUACCUUAGGAAACGGCUUAACCAAAGAUCGUUUUGUUCAAGCUUGUAUGAGAAUGAGAAAAUUAGGAAAGGGUCAUCGAUUGACAUUUUGGAGCUCAACUGAAGUUCAUCAACAAAUUAUAACAUUGAAGAAAAAUUCAUGUAUUGAAAAUCAAAAAGGCAAUAGUAAUAAUUUUAUCAAGCUAAUUGAUAUUCUUCGUUGGGUUUAUGAAAAUACACAGCAAUCGACUUGGGAUGGAUUACAUUAUUGGGCUGCACAAAGUUUAAGUUUUCAACGAAAAGUAAGUGCAUGUCAAACUAUUCAAUGGAUGAACCAUCAGCAAGAGUUUACUGAUAAAAUGUUGGAGAAUUUCGCCAAUGAAUGCUUAGAAGCAGAAAUAAUUGAAUUAAAACGUAUGUAUGGUGCAACAAGAGUGCUAGAGACGGUUGCAAAAAUUUAUCUUGCUCGAUAUAGGCAAUGCAAUCAUCAUUUGUCGAAAGAUAUUCACCGUGUUGUGUUAAAACGAUUAUGUGAAUAUGGAGGAACAAAACUACGUCUAGCUCAAUUGUUAGAUGAAGAACAACAGCGAGAAUUAGAACAUGAAUUGGAAGAGGAACGACAAUCACCACAUCCUGUACCUGUCAAGCCACAACAACCUAAGCUACAUGAAGAAAUCAAACGAUUGUUUGACAUAAAUAGUAAAGUUAUGAAUCUAGCACAACUACCUAAUGUAUUUCGUCCUUUGAUGUAUGCCUUCAUUGGUACGACAUUUUUCAAUAACUGUCAACCAGACAGUUGGCGAUUAAAUUUUUGGGUUACAACUGAGUUUCAGCAUGUGAUUGAGAGUAGAGGAGAGUCAUUAAAUCCAUUUCUUCGCCCUCCACGAUGGAUUGUUGUCUAUCAAAAUCGACAUAUCAUUUUUAUCAGUGCUUUUGAAGCUAACUGGUUGAUGGGUAAUUUGAAAUCCAAAAUGCCAUCGGUAACCACACUACGCUUAUUUUUACCUCGUAUUAAGCGGGUUCAAUCAAUAUUUGUCAAUACUCCGACUCUCACGAUUCCUCCGUCGAUUGGUCUCCCUAGUGGAACUGCUACUUUCAUUAUACCCAUAGAAUGGUUGACUCAACUAUUUGUCUUUAACGGCACUCUUUAUUUUGAAACCGCUGACGAGCAAAAAGCAUAUUGCCAAUGUUUAAGUUUGUGCCCUCAACCGCGAAACCUUGUCGAAGUAGCAGCCUUCGAAAAAGGUUGGAUUGCAGUCGAUGGAUUCGUGAGUAGUUCAAAACAUCGUCUUUAUUUAUCGAUCGAACACGCGCAAUUCACAUUAAAUCCACUGACAUUUGCUAAGCAAGUGAUUGAAAAUCGUCAUAAUUUCCAUGUACCUGUGUCGUCACAUGUUGGAAGCAUUAUUAUUAAUUCAUACAAACUUAUUUAA